AUGGAUACUGCUCCGAUUAAGAAGCAACCUCAAUCCAAUGCACUGCAGCCGAUAGGACAGUUCCUUCCGGACGAUCUAAUCGUCGAAAUCUUGUUAUUCCUUGACGUCCAAACCAUCUUUCCCCUCAAAUGUCUUAGCAAGUCAUUAAACUCUCUUAUUUCCGAUCCAGAGUUCGUUAAAAAACACCUUAAAAAUUCCUCUCAAUACCCACACCUCAUUCUCACAGAAAAAAAUUCAGAAUAUGUUAUGAGUAGUGUCAAGACCUUACCGGUUCGUCGUUUGCUGGAGAAUCAGCCGUUUACUUUUUCCGGUGAUCGUCACCGUGGUGGUAUGAAUUCCAAUCGCAUGGAGCUAAUUGGUUCUUGCAACGGAUUGCUAUGCUUUCUGUACAAUACUUUGAAUGGGAGGAAUGGGAGGUAUGUUAGGUACUGGUUUUAUAUAUGGAACCCUGCCACCGGUACAAGAUCUGAACCAUUUGGGACUCGAUUUGACUAUUCCCUUCGUCAGCCUGUAUCAGAAGUUUCAAAUUUCUCUUUUGGUUUUGACAUGUUAACUGGAACUUACAAGGUGGUGGAGUUUCGCGUUGGGGAAAGAAGCUACCCUUCAUCGAAAAUUAAGGUCAGAGUUCUCAGUUUGGAUGAUGAUGAUUGUUGGAGAAAUAUUAACAAUUUCCCUUUAAUUCUUUGGAAUAGUGUCGUGCAUUUGAGUGGCACUGUUUGCUCCUUGGCUGUUGUGGACUAUGCUGAUCCUUCUUAUGAUUACGAGAUUAUUACUCAUGUUAAUCGAUUCGUGAUUGUUUCCCUUGAUCUUUCGACCGAGACAACCAUGCAAUUUUUGUUGCCUUCCGAUUUUGAUGAGGUGCCAUGUUUUCAGCCAACUCUUCAAGUUCUUUCGGACCACAUUUGCUUUUCGCACGAUUUCAAGAGAACUGAAUUUGUUAUUUGGAAAAUGAAUGAGUUUGGAAUUCGAGAGUCUUGGACUCGACUAUUUAGAAUUGGAUACUUUGAUCUUGAAAUGCAUAACCUUCCAAUGGACAAUUACUUGAAUUCUACAUUGUUGAUGCCAUUGUAUCUCUCUAAGAAUGGAUAUACCCUGAUAUUGGAUUAUUAUGGAGAUGAUGAAGCAGUUAUCUAUGAUCAAAGAGAAAAUAGAGCAGAGAGAAUUAGAACUUCUUACAAUCUAUGUCGGUUCUUAUACGUUGAAAGUUUGGUGUCAACUUCGACUCAUUGGAAGUAA